ACGAAUUCGCUUCAACGGCCCCCGAUUGGUCAACCAUCGCCGCCACUCCCGUAUAAAUAUAUUCUCGCUUCUCCCUCUCAUUUCCCAAAACCCUAGUCACUCGUCUAGGGUUUUGCCCUCCCGGUCCCUCUUUCUGCUGCGGUUUCGAUCCACGGACGAUGAACUUCUUUAUCCGGAGGUCUUCUUGGGUCGCCGCCUCGGCGUCUAGGCGAGCCCUAGCAGCUCUGGUUUCUUCGAACUUUUCUCUUCUUCCGCCGUCGGUCGCCUUGGCGUCGUCCGUUCCGUCAUCAGCCGAUGGUAUCGUUCCGUUCUUUAGGUUCGCGCAACAAAUCGCGUUUUGUGGUUCCCAGCGCAGGGGAAUCCACUUCUCGGCCGGGCCUUUGGGGUUCAGGGCCACUGAUGUCGCCUGUGCGGAGUACGCCGUCGACGAGUACUACGAAGAAGACAGAGAGAGUCCUGAGGGAGUGGACGAGGGGUUAGAGAUCGCCAAGCUGGGGAUUUCGCAGGAUAUCGUGACUCAACUUGCAAAUAGGGGGAUCACAAAGCUUUUUCCCAUACAGAGGGCUGUACUUGAACCUGCAAUGCAAGGACAAGACAUGAUUGGUCGUGCAAGGACGGGUACAGGGAAAACUCUUGCUUUUGGAAUACCAAUUAUGGAUAAGAUUAUCCGCUUUCAGGCCAAGCAUGGCUGUGGCAGAAACCCUUUGGCGAUGGUCUUGGCACCGACCAGAGAGCUUGCUCGACAAGUUGAGAAGGAAUUUAAAGAGUCUUCUAAGUUGUACACUCUUUGUGUGUAUGGAGGCUCUCCAAUUAGUCAGCAGAUGAGAGCACUUGAUUCUGGUGUUGAUGUUGUGGUUGGGACUCCUGGACGAAUUAUUGACUUGCUUAAUAGAGGCGCCUUGAAUUUGUCAGAGAUUCAAUUUGUUGUCCUUGAUGAAGCUGAUCAGAUGCUUAAUGUUGGUUUUGCUGAAGAUGUAGAGAGAAUUUUGGAAAAGAUGCCCCCCAAACAUCAAACUUUGAUGUUCUCUGCUACAAUGCCAACUUGGAUCCAAAAGCUUACACGGAAAUACCUAAAAGAUCCAGUUAAUAUUGACCUUGUUGGUGAUUCUGACCAGAAGUUAGCAGAAGGGAUAACUCUGUACUCUAUUGUUUCAGAUAAUUAUGCAAAGGCAUCAAUUCUUGGGCCACUAAUAAAGGAACAUGCUAAAGGAGGUAAAUGCAUAUUAUUUACUCAAACAAAACGUGAUGCGGAUAGGUUGGCUUAUUCCAUGGGUCGGAGCUUUGGAUGUGAGGCUCUUCAUGGUGACAUCUCACAGGGCCAGAGGGAAAGAACACUAGCUGGAUUUCGUGAUGGCCGCUUUAAUAUUUUGAUAGCUACUGAUGUUGCUGCUCGUGGAUUGGAUAUACCGAAUGUUGAUCUGGUGAUACAUUAUGAACUGCCAAACACAACCGAAUUAUUUGUUCAUAGAUCUGGUCGAACUGGGCGAGCUGGCAAAAAAGGUAGUGCGAUUCUUAUACACUCAUAUGACCAAAAUCGUCUUGUUAGAGGCAUUGAACAAGAGAUAGGAUGCAGGUUUAUCGAGCUACCUAAGAUUACAGUUGAGGGUGGCGGAGAAGACAUGAUUGGUAGCAUGCGUGGUGGUCGUUUUGAUUCGCACGGAAGUGGCCGAAUGGGUGGUUCAGGUUUUGGGCGUGGUGGAAACUAUGGCCGUUCUCGUGGUUUUGGAGAUUCUGGCCGCCACACAGGCGGCUUCGGAGAAUCUGGGUCAGGCCGUUUUGGUUCCUUUGGUGGUUCAACUUCAGGCGCACCAAGCAGACCUGGUGGCUCCAAUUUUGGUCGCUCCGAUGGUUUUGGGAACUUCAGUUCAGGGCGUUCCAGUGGUCUUGGUGAUUCGGGUGCAGGACGUUUUGGCAACUUUGGUAGUUCAGGAUCCGGGCGCUUUGGUAGUUUUGGCAACUCAGAUUCCGGUCGUUCUAGCAGCUUCAACGAUUCCAGCCCAAGCCGCUCUAGUGGUUAUGGUGGGUCUGGCCGUAGCAGCAGCUUCGGCAGUUUUGGUGGAGGCUCAAGCAAGGAUGAUGGCGAUGAUGGUUGGCCAGGAAGAUCCUUCAUGAGUUCAUCAUAGGUUGGUCGUCCACUAGUAAGUAUGCAAGAAUGCAUUUCCUACACUAAAGGAGCUGUUGCACUCUGGCAUCUGCAGUCCAAACUAACCUUGGUCUUACCAAAGCCCAGGGGGGGGGGUUCCUUAAGAGACCUUGACAUUACUGCUUAAGUUCAAUGUUGUUUGUUUUCAAUCUUUAACACUUAAAGCUGAAGGAUGGAGGUUCCGGAGAGAUGCAGCAAAUAGGUUUUGCAGCAAUACUCUUCCACGAGUCUCAAAACAGACAUCUUUUUUGGAGGCCAAAUUCGGCAGUUUGAGCUUGUCGACAUCCCAGAAACAGAUACAGAAUCUCUAAUCAUCACAGAACUCUAGCUUGAUCAAUUCGGAAGACUGCAUUUAUAAAAUUCCAACAUGCAUGUAACGUAUAAAACCAAAAAGUGGAGGAAAAUAAAUGCCCUUUUGAGUAUGUUGACA